AGCAUCAUUACUUCCUUAUGACGAAUUCCAAAUUGAACUCUUAAAAUUAUUUUGUGCAAUUUUAUUAACUAAUACUUGUUUAGUGGCUAUUGCAUGGAAAUUGUAUGGCAAAUACAUCUGUCAGCGCUUUAUGAAGCCAGCAACACCAAAAGUUAUUGAAGAACUCAAGAAAAGUGUAUCACGUCUAAAACUGCCAAAACAACACAGUCCUAGGAUUUAGUGAAAAAAUCCCAAAUGGCGGAUAAAAUAAAGAAAUUUUUUGAGAAGAAGAAGGUGGAGGCCAAGUUUAAAAUGGCAGGGCCAGGUCAUAAACUGACAGAGUCAAAGAAACCAACCACAGGAGGCUCAGGGAAAUCGGGGGCAGGUGGAGGGGCUCCGUCACGAGCCAAUCCAUCAGUAGAGGCAAGGCAGGCUGGUGCCGCUGCAUUGGCAAGGUUGGGUGGGGAGAAACGGGACACCCCUGCAUUCAACACGUCUUUAGCUGCGAUACAAGCACAAGUGAAGAGAGAGUUGGAAGCAGAGAAGAAGGCAGCUAUGGAACGAGAGGAGAGGGAGAAGUCAGGCACUCCCCCCUCCGAGCCUCCUCCUCCCUCCGAGCCUGAGGAUAUGUCACCCCUACUGGCAGUGCGGGGGGUUUACUUCAAAUGUCCCCUUGUAGGUCCUGAAAUUCUUUCCAAAGAUGAGUGGAAGGGAAAGAUAAAGGAGUUUCUGUACGAACAGUUGGCAGAUGAGAAAGGGCUGACUGCAUGUCUAAUAAUUCACUCGUGUAACAAAAAUAAAGAUAAGGUAGAGCAGUGUAUAGAAACGCUUAGCAAAUAUUUAGAAAAUAUAAUAAAAAAUCCAGAUGAGGAGAAAUACAGAAAAAUUCGGCUGUCCAAUAGAAUAUUCCAAGAAAAAGUAGCAGGACUAGAAGGUGUGAUGGAGUUUCUAGAAGCAGCUGGUUUUAGACAAGAAACACUUCCAUUCCAAGAGCGUGAAGAGCCUUUUCUAGUCUUUGAUGUGUCUGUCUUACAAGAUUUAGAAAAUCUUCAGGUGCUGAUGGACGCACUACACAGUGCUGAGCCAAUCGGACUGGAACUGGAUCGUAAUGUUCAGGUGCUGCUGCCCACUCAGGCAGCCCAGAAAACAGAGCUGCCACCUGCGUUCUUCACCAUGACGCCUGACGAGGUCAAACGGGAGCAACAACUCAGAACUGAAAGAGUAGAAAGUAGUUUGGUACUAAGGACGAAAGCAAUGAGAGAAAAAGAGGAACAAAGAGAAAUGAAAAAAUACAGAUUUGCUUUGAUUAGAGUACGUUUUCCUGACGGAAUUCUUUUGCAGGGUACAUUCGGGGUGUACGAGAAACUGAGUGAAGUGUUUACAUUCGUACAAGAGCACAUUGUGUUUUCGGAGGGAGAGUUUGUGUUGACAACCGGGACCGGACACCGGUUGACAGAAGCAGACAUGAAUAAAACACUUCUGGAGCUACAUCUGGUUCCUGCUUCAAUCCUGUUGUUUGUGUGGGCAGGGGAGACACCAUCUGAAGACUACUACCUCAAGCCAGAAGUCAUGCUUCAGCUCCAGUCACUAUAAUUUAUUAUUUUCGCAUAAAGCUUCACAUUGUCAGUCAUACUUGGUGAUUAAAGCCUAUUGGCGUUUAUACUUACACACUUCACCAACGUCUCAGUGGAUGAGUCAUCGCUGUUAUAUAUUUUUCUAUUCUACAAUUCUUACACGUUAUUUUAUUGUUUAAAAUGGAUUGUAAUAUAUACGUUGUUGAUGAAAGUAAA